CUCCGACAUAUUGUUGCGGCUUGCUUCCGGGUUAAGCGGGCGGGUGUGAAGAAGCUCGGUUUUUGGUCAUGUUUCAGAGGACAUAUGAGUUGACUUUCGCCUCCCCCAGAGAUGAAACAAGAUCGAAAUUGUGAAGAAAAAACGUGGAUAUAAAGACUACGCUGUAUCAACAAAAAACGGAUUGCAACUUGCAAAACAUCCGGGAAGAACAUUACAGACGGAGGCGCAACAACUUCCAACUUUGUUCGACAUUUGAAGCUGCACAAAGAACGUUUUUCCUUUUUUAGAAGAGAGCGGAGUGCAAAAUUCUUCAAAUAGGUCAGUCCCUGGGAUCGGUCUGGUGAAUACAGUUCGCUUUGCGUGGAAGGACAAGGAGACUGAGCCAUUCGGACGUGAAACGUUUGGAAGGACUAUCUUGAUGUGGCUCCUUAAACUGACAGGGAAGGAUGUGUUUUGCCUCCAAGGUUACCUGUUGGAGGGAACUUAUGAUGUGGCUUUACACUCAGAAGAAAAACAUGACGAGAUCCUGAAAAAGGUGAGAGAAGUGGGAGGUGCGAGGCCGAUGUGCCACUACGAGGUAACCAGCUUGGCAAAAAACAAUUUCAGGAUUGUAACUAUGAACAUUUAUAACCCAUACGUCAAGGACGAGGAAGUGAGUACCUUUCUGGGAAGAUACAUAGAUGACAUCUCCUCAGCAAGGGACCUCAAGGACUCCCUGGGUUUUUGGAAUGGGAGGAGAGACUUCCAGGCCCUCCUCAGGGAGGACCCAAAGGGACUGGGCGGCUACCUUCAUCCUCCAGCUAUGUUCUCCCUGGGGGCUGACAGGGAGACAUUGUUUUAUGUACGUCAGCCCCCGUUCUGUAGGCGUUGUAUGGCUUACGGCCACAUCCUAGCCUCGUGCAGCACAAGAAAGUGCAGAUUUUGUGGAUCUGGGGAGCACGAGGCGAAGGACUGUGACGAGCUCAAUGUGUGCCACGGGUGUGGCUCAUCAGCACACUGAUGCGGGGGAAGAAGAGGAAGGGGAGGAGGCCCAGACCAAGAACCGAGCACAGGCCCAGAGGGGAUGGCCUCACGGAAGGAGGAGGAGCAAAGAGCGGCGGCAGCAGGAGGAGAGGGGGACAGAGAAGGCACGGGAGCAGCAGAACCGGGAGGAGAGGGGGAAAAGAGGCGGAAGGAAGCAAGGGAGUGGAGGAGCCAGAGUGAGCAGCAAAGGCGGGAGAGGUGGUGGAGAAGGAGUCGUGGCAGGACCAGUGGAGGAGGAGGGAGUGGGGGGACAGCAGAAUGUCGAGUCUCCUCGUGGAAGUGAUGGGGGAAUGGUGGAGGAGCUUGCAGGGGGUGGGGGUGGUGUCUUCCUGUUACCACCAUCGCCAAAGAAGAGAGGGAAGAGGAAGGGGCUCUCGACAGACAGCGAGAGGGAAGGGGGCAUGGAGGGGGUGGCCAAGCGAGUGAUGGGGGUGGGAGAAACUUCUGUUUCCUACUUGGCUUCCCCAGCUCCUCAACUCCUGGAGGAGCUUGAUACACCAAGCUCAGCUCAGGGCUGGUCAACUGAGGGGGGGUCGCAGUUCCUGUUUGGGGACACGGGCUCCACUACUCUCUACCCAAACAGAUACGGGGCUGGGGAAGUGGAGGAGUUUGGUGGUCAACACAGGAUGCAGGGCACUCAGGAGCCAAACACCUGUAUCCUGGGUUGAUGAGAUGGAGGAAGACGGGGGGACGUCGGGAGGAGAGACAGCAUCCCUGCAGGUGGAGAUGGAGCAGGGGAGCAUCGAGUGAGGCUCCUGUUUGUUAUUUUGUUUGGGGGGUGCGGGGUUAGUAGUUGGAUGAUGGUUGUUUUUGAUUUUUUUUUUUAUGGAGCCUACUAUAACUUUUGGUAGUUUAAAUGUAAGCGUUUAAGGGAUUUUGUUAAGAGGAAGGCGGUUUUUAGUUAUUUAGAGGGUGUGGGUUUUGACUUUUUUUAAAGGGGGUUCACCUGGGAUGUUAAUAGAUUUAGGAGGGAGUGGGACAAGGGGGAUUCGGUUUGGGGUAUAGGGGGGUUGCACUCAUCAGGGGUAGGGAUUUUGUGUGGGCACAGGGAGGUAAAGGUUGAGGGUUAAUUUGUGGUUUUGCAGGGGAGGGUUUUGGUUGUGGAUGUCACCUUAAGGGAUUGCAGAUAUAGAUUAGUGGGAGUGUACGGGCCACAGGUGGCGGCAGACAGGAAGGAGGUGGAGAUGGCGCCCCUGUGCUCCACAAAUAGGCAAGUGGUGAUAGGGGGUGAUUUUAAUAUAGAUUUAGGGGUAGGGGGGAUAGUGCUUGCCAUGGUCUGGUUGGAGAACUGCACACUACUCCGACAAUGGCUGGUUCCACUUGGUGCAACUCCCGGGGGGUUGCGUGGAGGCUUGACUAUAUUUUUCUGUCUAGGUCCUUGGGUCAGUUGUCUAGGCAGCUGUUGCCUGUUUUCUUUUCGGAUCACGACGGGGUGCUCCUGCAGGUGAGGUCACCAGUCUGCCUCUUUGGUAGGGGGUACUGGAAAUUAGAUCGGGAUGUGCUGGAUUUCAUUGAAGCCUUUACUGGUUUGUUUCAUGGGAUUGAAGGCCUCUGGUCCAUGUGUGAGGGGGUGUUAGAGUGGUGGGAUUUAGUUAAGGUUGUAGUGGGUAUCUGGUAGUGGUCUGGGAGGGAGUGCAGGCGCGGGGUCUGGACAACAAGCUCAAGCACCUGAAUUGGUUGAGCCUCCAUAAGUGCUUGCCGGUACGUUCCAUCAUGUACAGGCAUAGCUUGGCACCAUCCCCCACUUGUCCAAGACCAUCUUGUGGCGGGGAGGAGACACCUUUUGGGACUGUGCCUUUGCCGGAGUAGUAUGGGCUAGGGCACGGCUGUUGUUAGGUGGGUGAAAGGGAAUUUUGUUUUGUUUGGGCUACGGUAGAGAGAGGUGUAGGUAGAGUGAGGGGGACGGUCAGGGACAGGUUUCUGCUCUGACUUCUCAUAAGCCUCUUUAAAUGGGGCUGUGGGAAGCCAGGUAGGACAUGGUAAAGACAGGGAGAGAUUGGGGGGUGGAGGGGAUAGUGAGGAGGUUGGAAGGAAAUUUGAGGGGGAAGAGGGAGGAGAGGAAGUCGGGGCAGCAUGCUGCCUGGGAGAGGUGGAAGGGAGGUUUAGGGCUGGGGUUAAUUUAGAUGAUUUCAGGGGAUAGAUUAGGGACGGGGAGAUGUAGUUUGUAGGCAUGAAGGGGAGGGAAGAUGCUCCCCUGAGUUUUUUUGUUAUUGGGUUUUUGUUUCGUUUUUAAUUUAAAAAUGCCUAUAUUUGAUUUUGUUUGGAAUAUUGAUGGUUUGUUUUGUAUGAAUGGCAUUGUAAUAACUUAUAUAUAAAUACAAUUCUUCCACUUUGUCAAUAAAGUGCAUGGUAAGUUUAGUAUUACUUUUCAACCAACCCAGUGCAUAUGUUGAAAAUGAAAAAUGUUGAAAUCAACAAUCCGUCAAAGGAUUCAACUACUGAAAACAGAAACAAACAUUUGGAUCAAACAGAUCAAUCCCACUGGACAUUGGGUUUGAUUCAGACCCUGCCAGCAUGACCAGAGAUGUAACUUAUAACCACUGAACCACCCCAGACCUUUCAUGCCUGACUAAAAACAACUAAGUAUUAGAUUUACUGCCAUGGUCUAGUAUGUCACUGCAUCAGACACCAUUCACAAUUCUGGCUGAAGUACGAUUAAAAUGACAUUAUUUCCUAACUGUAAAAACUCCCCACUCCUUAAACAACUAGUCUCCCACUGUUUAACCAGAAUAACAUGAGUUGUGUCGUUCAAACUGUUAGUCCAUAAUCAUAUUCAGCUACUUAGAUGUCAUGUAUUGUCAUGUUAAAUCAUCAAAUCAAAUUUAUUUAUAUAGCCCUUCGUACAUCAGCUGAUAUCUCAAUGUGCUGUACAGAAACCCAGCCUAAAACCCCAAACAGCAAG